AUGAAAAAGAAGAAACUUCAGUCGCGUAAUCCCAGCGUCGGUGGAUGCGGCGGUGUUUCAGGGAAUUUUUCGGAAACCGAUGGUGACAUGAUCACAAAAGAAGGGUUUGACGUUGGGCUGGAAGUUGAUGAUUUGUCAGGCAGCGGUGAGGAUUCGCAGCACUAUCUGGACGCGAAUGCUACACACCGAGAAGCUUCUCCUCCAUUUUACAGGCAUGCGUCCCAUUCCGACGGAGACAAUGACGAUAUUCAAUUCACCGAUGGUCGAGGAAAAGAGCAAAGCAAGGAUGAAUCCAUGAAAAAAUUGGAUAUGAUAAGAUUUGCCGAAGGAAAGAUGUUACUUAACUCUAUGUUACCACAAUCGCCGUCUAAAUCGGUUCCACUUUCUUGUGCUCUACACGGAUUGGGUAGGGUUUCUCCAGAGUUGGGCCGGAGACUUUCUCAAACAGAGCGAUUUGUCGGGGACACAGAAAUUACAGCAUCAUUACUGCAAAACAAAAAUCUGGAUUUCAUGAACCAAAUGUUGCGCAGCUGCGUUGCACAAAGUGAGGAAAGACAGAAUUUACAAGAAAACCAGUCCAUUUCACAAAGAGGAACGCCAGAUGACCAAUGGAGUAAACAACACCUUGUCGAAUCGAGUACCCAACCUAGCACAGCAACACAGAUACAAAUGUGUCAACAUAUUGGUGAUUCCGAGAAGGCAUGUGCUGCUCUAACCAGUACCCCAGGUUGGCAAAAUAACGUAGUUAACGCAACCCUGCGUGACCAAGAUAUUUUCAAAGCAAGUUAUCAACAUCCCAGUCUUAAUUCACUCCCACAUUCAAUUUCUCACUUGAAGGACAGUGAGUACUCUUCAAACACUUUCGAAAGUGUGGCGGCCCAAAAAUUGUUUUCUGGAUCUGUACCCACCAGCAUUACCAUAUGUCAACCACCACUAUCCACCUAUAAUUCCAACUCGGUCAUCACGGAGAGCUCGGUUUAUUCAAAUCGCUUUCACUCCCCUAAUUCAGGACUGUUGGGAAUUUCUCAAGAUGCCUUUCUUCGACAGUGUCUCUCUUUUGACGGAGAGCUCGGCGUGACCGACAGAAUAGAACCGAAUGAGGUCAAAAGUCUGGUUGAUUCGGAAUCAUCAGAACGCCAAAAGUACUCAGUAUCACAAGCGUUUGAUCCAGCAACCAACUACUCUCAAAACCGUUGUUCCAUUGCCCAGCGGUUCCCAUUUGUGGACAUUUCGGCGUUUGGGAUAAGGCACUACACACAUGAAGGAAACUAUCCAUAUCCAACAACAUUUGAGAGCUACGUGACUCCCGUGGUAGCACCUCAGUUAGCUGAGCAUGAUACACUUUACGGGCGACCGUUUAGUCUGGAGGAUCCCUCGAACACUUCGGUAUCAGCACAUUGUGUGGAUCCUUAUGUUCAAGCAGAUGAAAAGCGAAACUACAAGAACGCACAGUUAUUCAACGAAAGCUCAGUCUGUGCCAUUUCUGGAGCGAGUACUUAUUUAAAUUCCAGCUGCCGAACCACGUCAUUGAGUACAAACUCAUGCUCUCAACUAUUCGGAGGAGAUAGCAUAAGUUCUCCAGAUUGUGUUCUACCCAGUUCUGUGCACUUCCAGUCAAAUCAUUUCCGACCGGGUUUUGGAACCGACCCCGAUAAUGACUAUGCAGCGUUUUACAAUACCUACCCAGCGUCAAAGCCCCUCUGUGGUUCCACAACCUUUCCUCAUUUCACCCAUUCAGUUCCGGGACCGAUGGUGGACCUUUUCGGAUCACCCGGAAACCAGUCUUUCAUUCCACACUCGACAUCAACCAUACCUUUUCAGUUGUUUGCGAAACAAAAUUCUGUUGAUUUACCCUCCUAA